AUGACUGCUACAUUUGCAGUAGAUGGACGCCCAUUUCAGUGUGCAGAUUGUUCUGCUGAAGAUCCUCAAUGGGCUUCCUUGAAUAGAGGCGUUCUAAUUUGUUCGGAAUGUUGCUACGUUCACAGAAAUCUUGGUCGUCAUAUCAGCCAUGUUCGUUCAAUCAAAAAAGGAGCUUGGAAUAGUAGUCAGCUAGAGUUGAUGUAUGUUUUAUAUUCUAAUGGUUCAAAUAAUAUCUGGGAACAUUCGCUUCUCGAUCCUCAAUCUACCAAUAAAAUUCGAAGAAAACCGACACCUCAUGACCCCGUUUUACCGAUCAAAGAAAACUUUAUCAAAGCAAAAUAUGCGCAAAUGGCUUUCGCUCUACGUCCAGCAAAAGAUGAUAAUUGCAUUAGUCAAGAUGAUUUAAAUCGCCAGCUUUGGUCUUGUGUAAGAACUUCUCAUGUGGAAACAACUAUGAGAUUAUUGGCAUUGGGUGCUGAUCCGAAUUACAUAGAUCCGGAAAAGCAUAAUGCACCGCUUCAUAUCUCGGCAAAAGAAAAUCAAGCUUUGCAAGUUGAAUUACUUUGGAUCUAUGGGGCUGAUCCUGCUCAGCUGAAUGCAAUAGAUUUGACUCCUUCUCAAGUAGCAAAGCUUGAAAAUCAUACCGAACUUGCUGCAAGAUUGGAAGAACUACAGUUUGAAGUUACUAACCGCUUGACAAUGUUUUUAUGUGGACGGCGACCAGAUCAUUCUAGACAACAGUAUUUUUUGAUUCCCGAACUUACUAGACAGAACACUGGAAAUAUGCAGAUGAAAUCAGCUAGGCAACGGCUUCGUUCCCUUCCUUCGUAUUACUUUGAACGUAUUGUUCAAGAUGUUUAUGAUGAGGUAGAUCGCCGAGAAACCGUAGCAGCUUGGAAUGCUGCUACUCAGGGAAUACAGCCUUUCUCUUUAGGAAACGACCAUUGUGUGGCUGUUUUUUUGCCGCCCAAUCCUGAAUUAUCAGCUACACGUAACCAGCUCCGCCAAAAACUUGCAAAAUGUGAUAUGCGAGGAUUUGCAACUUUAAUCAUAGAUGUUCUUAGUGAAGCCAAACGAAGAUAUUACGGCUUGCCACUGAAAAGUGAUACAGAUGAUUCCACUGAAAACCUACUGAAAAAAACUUCAGAUAGUGCAGAUCGCUUGAAUGUCAGUUCCAUGGGCACUUCCGAAUAUAUUACGUCAUUUAGUGAAGAAGGUUAUAGAGAUUACGACGAGGUUGCUGAUAGCUUACGAAAUGGGAAAUGGCGUAUAUCAGGAAGUACUAGAAAAUCGUCGGAAAGAAAAAGUGAUGACAGUGGUGACUUACUGCAAGAAACAGGUCCUGUCAUGAUUGACGAUUUUUUGGAGCUCAAAGAAAAGGUAGCUAAUGUCGAAGGUACGCUUACUGCUGUUCAGCAGGCGAACACGCAGAUUUUAAGGAUGUUGACACAUUUGCAAUCUAGUGUUGAUCGUUUAAAUGCAGAUAAUGCAGAUGUACAUGAUGAGCUUAAAAAAGUGCAAGCCACUUGCUCACAGGCUUUGACUAGACGGCGUUCAUCUCCAGCUCCAGCUCUCUCUCCCGUAACCUCAGUUUCAACUUCUGUUUUAGGCAACAAGAGUAUCCCUUCAAGCUAUCAUGCAUCUCCUGGAAAAUCAACUACUGCAUUACAAAAUUCUGAUAUUCAUGGUGUUUUCGGUCAUACCAGUCGUCGGCAUGGCUCUAGUUUAACGCCUUCAUUGAACGUUACUGGUAGAAUAGUAGCGCAGCAGCGUUCAUUUUCGCUAAGGCAAGGUACGACGCAUCAGGCAGAUUGCAGUAGUGGAGUUGAAAGCCUGGAUCCAUGUGUUGAAAUUUCACGUCGUGAGAGAACUGAAUUGUUAAAUGCUGUUGAUGAAAGAAAUGAUGAUGAGAGAAUACGUGGUUCGUAUCGUAGUGCUGGUGCUUUUACGGACAAUUUAAUAGCAGAGACGGAGCAGUUAACACAUGCGAUUAAGCUUCUAUUAACAGAUGCACAAUAUGGACAGUUGCAAGCUCGUGCACCAGAUCACGCUUACUCAGUUGGUAUAUUGAUAAAUCGUAUUUUAACAGUCGUUCCGGAAGAACGACGUACUCCUGCAGUUGAAGCAUGCUUGCAAAGAAUGUCUGAUUCAACAGUUAUUUUAUCUGCCAAAUGUAAUGCACCAAUGUUCAGCGUAAAUGAUACAUGUGCCGCUGCAUUCGCUGUUGCUAACUCCGCAAAGCAGUUGUUAGUGAACGUUCAUCAAUUAUAA